UACUAGAAAAUGAACAUUUAUCGUGUUUUUUCAAUUUUUGAAAAGAAAUUCUGAAGAAUUCGGUACUGACUGAGAGUAAAUGAAAAGAAAACUUUCCCCUUUCAUCUGGUGUUAAAUACUCUAUUUACAAUGGUACGCCAGCAGUUCUUUUUCAUCGUUGAUGUUGUCAGGUGGUUUAUUGGCCAUUAUAAAAAAUGCGACAUUUGUGUAAUAACGCAGAAAUAAUAAUAAAGUGAAAGUAAACAAAGAAAGUCAUUUGUUUAAGGCCCUACUGAAAUGUUUACUCCGAUUUCUGAAGUGUCCUGCCUUUACAUAUGGAGAUCAAUAUGAUCUGAGAUGGCAUUAUGCAAUCAAGUCGAAAUGACUUUUCCGUAAAAACGCUCAUUCAAAAAACGUUUCAUUUCGUUUUGCAUAACAUCACUCUUAUUUAGUUGUGACCAGUCGGCAAAGAUAGAUAUCGAUAAUUAAUUGUUUCAUGUUUUUAUAAGUAGUUUGUUUAUUUUGACUCACACGGUAUCGAAAUCAGUUUCCAUUCAAAUAUAAUUACGGUUAUUUUUCAAAUGGAUUUGGUAACUAUUUGACCGACGACACGACCAGGCACUCCGAAGAAAAAUCAGCAUUAAAACUGUUCGCUAACGAUUCACCGCCAGUUACCACAAAUCUAGCGACCCCUUGUAAAUGAUAAAAAUAAUCUUCUCGAGCAACACUGUUUAAGUUGCUAUGGACUAGUUACCAAGGAACCCCAAAACAAAUAAACAUGUUUUGAAAGCGGUGGAAUAGUUCUAUUAGUAUUAAACUUUGUCCAAAUGAAGCAGAAAUGCAUUUAAAUGGACUCGAUUUUCGGAAUUUAAUCGAAACUAUGGAUGAAACCAACGAACGAGGACAAUGAUCUGCUUCCAGCGAUUCAUCCGUACACUUCAACUGCUAGCUUUUCUGGGCAGUAGGAUUCGGUGUAAUAUGCCGGUGUCAAAAUUGUUUUGUGUCGGUUGAUUGCGCAGCAGUGGAAACAGUAUUUCACUUUGUUGGCCACUAUUCGAGGAUUACUAGUGGAAUUCCACGAAGAAAUCAUUUUACCGUACGUUAUGCAGGUACCGCAGAGCACUAGCUUCGCUCAGCUCGUUGUCGGUCAUUUCCAUGUCUUCCUUCUCACACAACGGUUCCAAGUCAAGACCUGAAUUUUGAACUUGGCUUUAUAAAAGACAUAACUCAUACUCCUCAAUUUUUACAUUCCGCUCGAGUCAGGUAAAUCCAUUAAAAUGUUCCGUAAUAUAAUAACCGAUCUGAAAUUUAUUUUGUUUACAUUCAUCUUGCCUUCAAUAUGCAGUAACCAAGGUUAUGGUGACUGUUAUUCAAAAUCAAUAAAUAUAUCAACUUGUGCUGCCAGUUUAAAAAAAUUCACUAGCGUUUUCGAUUUGACAUUUCCAGUUACUGAGGGGUAGUUAAACUUACGAUACAGUUUUGAUAGACGAGUGGCAGGUCGUGUCGUCGAUUUGACUGUGUAGGAGCUGGAUUCCAAUCAAUUUCUAUUUAUGGAAACCGUUUGUACGAUUCGGCAACCCUGAACUGAACAUGCGCGCGCUUUUGACAUUUUUCCAGUGACAGGCAGCUGAUUCGAAAUUUUUCGUUCUCGUGUUGGCAGCACGCCAAGUUCGGGAUAAUCGCGGAUCGUACGUAAAAAGUGCAAAAUUGCUCAAAAGAUUUAUUUUGUUCGGGUAAUUUUCCUUUUUUGGACAACAGAGUAGCACCAUACAUGUCCACACUGCAUUAAAUGAUAUGUGAGAUUCAUUGCGCGGAAGGAUACGCAGUUUUUGGAAAGAUUUUCUCCAGGAUCAAAUCAACACUAAUGUUGGCACGUGUUUGAGGUUAGAUAAAUUUACUGUUGUGUCCAUCGGAAGAGACUUUUGCUUUGGCUGCGUAUAGAACUAGCAUAGAAGUUUGUUACAUAAAGUACUGAUUGUCAAAGGAAGCGUAGACCAUAGAGCCGCAAAAAUGACAACCAAUGACCGAAUAUUAACGGUCGCACUGCAAACCAACUAUGAUCUACGCCGGCGAUUGGUAGCUGGUGGGCACGCGUGGGAGUGUUUGCCAUAUCUUGCGGACUCAAUGCCUAUAGAUCCGGAAUGUCCUCCCACAAAAACAGAACUAGAAGCAGCCGGAUUACUUCCCUCGCAGACCGAUCAGAAUGGCACUGAAGAAGAGCAAAAGGUUGAUCCAGAAAUCUUGUUCGAACAGAUGUUUGAACUGGAUAUCGAUUAUCUGAAAAGUUUGGAUCCAAAGGAUUGGAAAAAUCAGGAUCAUUAUGCGGUACUCGGAUUGAAAAAAAUGAGAUUUGUAGCUACUGAGGACGACAUCAAACGAGCCUACCGCAAGAUUGUAUUGAAACAUCACCCGGACAAGCGAAAAGGCCUAGGCGAGGAAGUUAAAAAUGAUGACGAUUAUUUUCAUUGCAUUACGAUGGCCUACGAAACGUUAGGAACUUUGAAGAACAGACGAGCGUUCGACUCAGUAGAUCCAGAAUUCGAUGAUUCGUUGCCAUCUCAGAGUGAGGUAAAGAAGGACUUUUUCAAAGCGCUAAGAAAAGUGUUUGAGCGAAAUGCGCGAUGGAGCGAAUCCAAAAAGCCAGCACCGCUGCUCGGCGAUGACAACACAGAUCGCGAAAAAGUGGAAAAGUUUUACGAUUACUGGUACAAUUUUUCAAGUUGGAGAGAAUUUAGCUAUUUGGAUGAGGAGGACAAAGAAAAAGGUCAAGAUCGAGAGGAGCGUCGGUGGAUCGAGAAGCAGAACAAGGCUAUUAGGCUGCAACGGAAGAAAGAAGAAUCGGCCAGAAUUCGAUCACUUGUUGACUUAGCCUACAACAAUGAUCCUCGGGUUGUUAAAUUCAAAAAGGAGGACAAGGACCGCAAAUUAGCUGCUAAGCGUGCUAAGCAGGAUGCUUAUCAAGCACAGAAAGCCGAAGAGGAACGAUUGGCGAAGGAAGCUGCUUUGGCUAAACAGAAAGCAGCCGAAGCCGAACAAAAACGUAUCGAAAAUAUUCAGAUUGAAAAGGAAAAGAUUAAGCGUGCCUUAAAAAAAGAACGCAAAACGCUUCGGGAUGCUGCCAAGGCCAGCGAUUACUAUGUGAAUGAUGAAAAGGAGCGAUUGAAACACUUGGAAGGGCUGGAAAAGUUGUGUGAGUCUCUUAAACUUAAUGAAAUUCAAGAAUUCAAUAAAGAGCUUGCGUCUGGUGGUCGUGUGGUGUUUCUUAAAGCUCUUGAAACAUUAGAGCAAAAGUUAGAGGAAGAACGCCGUCUGCAAGCAACUCAGAGUCAAUCUAUCCCCAAUAAUCCGGGACUGAAAGUAAUCAAUCGUAAAGCUCUCUGGAACAAUGACAAUGUCCAGCUACUCAUAAAAGCUGUCAAUUUAUUCCCGGCUGGGACAAUUUCUCGCUGGGAAGUUAUUGCUAAUUAUUUGAAUCAACACGGAACCAACCUAAAUGAUAUGAAAUUCUAUGCCAAGGAUAUUCUGAACAAAGCCAAGGAACUGCAGAGCGGUGAUUUUUCGAAGAGCGAUCUCAAAACUGUAGUAAACCAACAGGCGUACGAGUCAUUCGAAAAAACUAGAAAGGAUUUGAAGGUUGUGGACAAAGCCGAAAUCAGUACAAAGGACAGCGAAGCUCCAACGCAGACCAAAACUGUAAAUGGUCAAUCGCCGAUAAUGAACGGAUCACACGAACCAUCAUCUGAGGAAAAGGAAAACAUAAGCAAAAUGCCGGAUAGCAAAGCUACUCCACAGGACAUCCCUGCGAAGGAAGCCAAGAAAGAAAAGAAGGAAAAGGAAAGUAAAGUUUGGAGUAAGGACGAGCAAGCUUUGCUGGAGCAGGCCAUCAAGACUUACCCGGUCUCGACGCCAGAUCGCUGGGAUCGGAUAGCGGAAUGUAUCCCGAAUCGGACAAAGAAGGAAUGUUUGCGGCGAGUGAAGGAGCUGGUCGAUUUGGUCAAUGCCAAGAAAGACGCUCAACAGGUAGCCAAGUGAAGCGCCCAAAACGUGAAUUAUAGAUAACAACGGUGAAUCAUUCAACAGCUGCUAGCUAAUAAACACUAUCUGAUUUAUCCCUUGCGACUAUUUUAUGUUAGUUUUUGUAAAUAAAUCAUUUGAAACUAGA